UAAGGUUUAGUCAUCAGACACCAGAGAUUUGAGAAGGAUGCGGGAAAUUGUGCAUGUGCAGGUGGGGCAGUGUGGUAACCAAAUAGGAUCUAAGUUUUGGGAAAUCAUCUCUGAUGAACAUGGUAUUCAACCUGAUGGAAGCUAUAACGGAGACUCCUCCCUACAGCUUGAGAGGAUAAAUGUCUACUACAAUGAGGCUAAUGGUGGCAAGUAUGUGCCCAGAGCAGUGCUUGUUGAUCUGGAACCUGGGACAAUGGACAGCAUUCGUUCUGGACCCUCUGGACAAAUGUUUCGACCGGAUAACUUUGUGUUUGGGCAGAGUGGGGCAGGAAAUAAUUGGGCCAAAGGACAUUACACUGAAGGCGCUGAACUUGUUGAUUCUGUGCUAGACGUUGUUAGAAAAGAAUCUGAGGGCUGUGAUUGUCUUCAAGGAUUUCAGCUGACGCACUCUUUGGGGGGUGGGACAGGGUCAGGUAUGGGGACCCUACUUAUUUCUAAACUACGAGAGGAAUACCCUGACAGAAUUAUGAAUACGUACUCUGUAGUUCCUUCCCCCAAGGUGUCUGACACAGUUGUGGAACCAUACAAUGCAACUCUUUCUGUGCACCAACUUGUAGAGAACACAGAUGAAACCUAUUGCAUAGAUAAUGAAGCAUUGUACGAUAUCUGUUUCAGAACUUUAAAAUUAACAAGUCCGAACUACGGAGACUUAAACAACCUAGUGUCUUUGACCAUGUCUGGAGUCACAACUUGUUUAAGGUUUCCUGGUCAACUUAAUGCUGAUCUGAGAAAGCUGGCAGUCAACAUGGUUCCCUUCCCGCGUUUGCACUUCUUUAUGCCAGGCUUUGCACCACUCACUGCAAGAGGUUCCAUGCAGUAUAGAGCUCUAUCUGUUCCAGAGCUGACCCAGCAAAUGUUUGAUGCCAAGAACAUGAUGGCAGCCUGUGAUCCCCGUCAUGGGAAAUAUCUGACUGCUGCAGCUAUAUUCCGUGGAAGAAUGUCGAUGAAAGAAGUUGAUGAGCAGCUGUUUAACAUUCAAAGUAAAAAUUCUCCCUACUUUGUGGAAUGGAUUCCCAACAAUGUCAAAGUGGCCGUAUGUGACAUUCCUCCACGUGGGUUAAAGAUGUCGGCGACUUUUAUAGGAAACUCCACCGCUAUCCAAGAACUGUUUAAGAGAAUUGCAGAGCAGUUUACUGCCAUGUUCCGUAGGAAAGCGUUCCUUCACUGGUAUACUGGAGAGGGUAUGGAUGAGAUGGAAUUCCAUGAAGCUGAAUCAAACAUGAAUGAUCUUGUGUCUGAAUAUCAGCAGUAUGAAGAAGCUAGCACAGAAGAAGAUGUAUUUGAUGAAGAAGAAGAAGAAGAAGAAGAAGAAGAGGCUUGAUGUUGACAGUUCAUGAUUACUUUACUUAAAAAAUUCAAACAUCAAAAUUUGCUAUACUUAUUUCCUAUUUUAGGCAUAAGUUAUAGAUUAACUUUGAUUUUAUUUACAAAAAUAACUAAUGUCUAUCUCAAAAAAAUUGAUUUGAGUUAAAGUAAUUCCUAAUAUAUUGAUAUCACUUUUGAAAUACAUAUUAAAGAAGGAAA